CUACAUUACUAUCUCCUCAAACAAUGUUUGUUUCUUAAGUCUUUUGUUUUUAUAAAGUCAUUUGGAGUAUUUUGGGGUGUUAAGAACACCAAUCAUUAAACAACAACAACAAACAGCUGUACAUUAAUAACUUUUCAAACAAGAUAUUUUGUUUCCACCGUCUUGCAAUUUCAAAUCUAUCGUGGUAUGUGUCGUGCUGCUGGCCAAUAUGAUCCCAAUGAUCCACGUAAACCUUUGCAUAAAUGUGAUGUCUAUCGUCAUCCUGAAGCGGGCAAUUUAUUAAAACAAAUUAUGUCCAAAGGCGCUUCACAGCCCUGGCAAGAGGUUUUGCAGGAGACUUUGGGUGAAGGCCGCUUAGAUGGCUCAGCCUUACGUGAGUAUUUUGCUCCCCUUGAGGAAUGGUUACGUUUGGAAAAUUUGCGCACUAAUGAAUAUGUCGGAUGGAAUUAUGAUGGUGAUUACUGUAAACGCAGCAUUGAAACUGCCAAUCUGCAAGUAUUUGGCGGCUAUUACAAUCACUCACCUGGUGUUGAGCAAAUAAAUCACUUAUUGCUUGGCACAAUAAUGUUAUCAUAUUUAAUUGUAUUUUAUUUAAAAUUAUAAUUGUUUAAAAAGUUUUUAUUUAUAAUUUAUAAGUUUUUUUAUAAGGCACAGCAUUUUUCUAUUUAACACAUAAACAUACACGCAGAGAAAAAGUAUGGUUUGACAUGGUUCCAGUAAUCAUUAUAACAUGAUUAGAAGACUAAUUCUGUUCUAGUUCUUUUCCAGUUCUGUUCUAGUUCUGUUCUAUUCUGUUCUAGUUCUGUU